CGCAAAAGCACAUCGGAACCUAAGCAGGAAAUGUUACCCGGUGUUUAGGACCAGCGAGUGAGUAGGCUACCAAUUUAAUAAUGAAAGUCACAUUGACUAUGCUGGGACUAGAUAAUGCGGGGAAAACAGCAACUGUGAGAGUCAUUAAAGGAGAAAACCCUGAGGAUGUGCUUCCCAAUGUGGGAUUUUCUGCUGUGGGCCUGAAGAAGGGCCAGGUUGAUUUGUCCAUCUUCGACCUGGGCGGGACAGAGAGUUUCAGGGACAUUUGGAGGCACUACUUCCCCGAGUCCCAUGGUGUCAUUUUCGUGGUGGACUCCAGCGAUGUCCAACGGAUGCAGGAAACCAGGAAAGUCCUGGCCAAAGUCCUUGGGCACCCUCGUGUCGCUGGGAAGCCAGUUCUUCUUCUGGCAAACAAACAGGAUGUGAAUGGGGCCCUGUGCGAGGAUGACAUCAUUGACCGUCUGUCGCUGGAGGAAACCGUUACCCUGAACAAAUGCUACUGUCAAAUCGUACCGUGCUCGGCUGUGAAAAAGGUCGGGAAGAAAGCCAUCAAGAGCGGGCUGGACUGGCUUUUGAAAACCGUGGCCAGAGAUUACGAUGUCAUCAGUGAGCGUGUGCAGAAGGACACGGAGGAGCAGAGGGAGAAGGAGGCUGUGGAGAUGAGAGAGCGGGUCGAGAGGGUGCGUCUGAUUCGGGAGGAGAGGGAAAACAGGGAACGGGAGGAGGCUGAACAAGAGGGAAGGACAACAGAGACAGAAGAUGAGGGCAACAUGGCUAACCUAUUCAAGCCAACAGGAGACAUCAACUCCGAGAUGGGGGACAAGCAGAAAACAAACAGUGAGCUGCAGAUCACAAAGACUGACGCAGACAGCUGUCCAGAAAAGAAGUGGAAGUUUUGGCAGUGGAAGAAGAACAGGGUGGGGCCUCUGUCGUCAGUCUCAGCUAAAACACCUCGCCGCCUCAUGUCUGGUUUUAAACUGUUCAGGCGCAAUGCUGUGGCCCCCCUUUAAGAGCAGAAUUGAGUGACAUUGAAAUUAUCUUCUGCUCAGCCUUUUCGAUUUGAGCCAGAGCAGGACAUUACUCAGCAGGGCAGCACCGACAACAGCCCUCAUUAAAUGAAUCUAAAUGAUGAAGAUCGCAGGCCAGGGGAAAUGAGAGUAGGGCGUAAGAGAUGGUGUUUGUGCAGCAAGUGCUCGCCAUUGCCAACAGAGACAGAAAAGUUGUUUGUUGUAAAGAGCUCUAUCUUCUAGCAGCAGUCAUUCAAAGUCACUUGACCAUAUGGAUCAAACUAUUGUUUUUGGUGAAAAUGAAACAUCGUCCCCAUUAAUUUAAUUGACAUAACGUUAUUAUUGAUCGGCAUUGUACAUAUGAGCUCAAGCCAGUGAUAAUACUUCCUUUGAAUGCAUAAUCCCUAAUGAUCAUACACGCUGAUAUAUUAAGAUGUUUAGCUUUUGAAUCCAUCCUAUUCACAGAUAUCCGGUGUGUCAUAUCACACACAAAUUCUGAGCCAUUGUAUUGGUAUUUUUCAACAUUAUCCCAACUGCUGGGCAAAACAAGUGACUUAACCUCCAGUGCAACCUUUUUUACGUCAUCUACCCGAAGUCUCUUGCGCGCCUAAAAUAAUGGUGAUCUCCAUCUUUUGUGUGGUUUUAACAACACAUUAAGCCUUACAAGUCUUAACAGGUGAGGUUCCCUUUAAAUAGAAAUGCCUUAAAGACUAACAGUUAUGUCCAUAAGAAAACCGGCCACAGUUUGUGUGUGGAUAAUUCUGAAGCUGUCUUUAAUCACGUUUAUUGGACCCACACCAGAACCAGUUUCCUCAUCACUGUUGGUACACAGUUCUUCUUCAUCUGACCUUUCUGCUUCUUCUGUUUUAGAAGGCAUUUGAUCUUACGGAGGUGCAUCCGCUAAAACUGGUUCUUCACCUUCCUCUUGAAUCUGGUUUUCACCUUCUGCUUUCUGCUACCUUUGUUGAGAUUGGAUGAAACUUGUCUGCUUUCAGUCUCAGUUUUGUGUUUUCCUCUGCUUGAGGUCUGUAUGGCCUAAGAAUAUUCUGGGUUUGGAUUCUGAAUGAUUGAGGGAUUUGCGCAGGUUGCUGAAGUCUUUGGAACAACUUCAAAUUCACAACCCUGGUCGCAAUGCAGUCUUUCUGGGUA